UGUUAUGGAAACAGGAUAUUGUUGGUUGGACGUCAGACAAUUAUCACCUGAAUGAGAUGUUGAGAACUAAACAUUCGCGCUUGACAUUCAGUCAAGUGUCAAAAGAUUGGCUUAAGAAAAACUACAAAUGUACGAAAACUGUGUGACUUCAACGUUGCCGAAAUAACAAUAACUGGAAAUGGCUCCAACCAGGAGAGCAUCUUGUAAGGUGGCAAGAUUUGCUUCCUCCAAAAGCCAGCCCCCAGGAAACGCCACAAACAAGGGUCGGGAAAAGCUGACCUCAUCAAAAGCUGGAAAACCAUCGGGACUGGAUGGCAGCGACACAGUAAGACGCACGCGUUCCCAGUCUGCACUGAGGUCUAGGGAAAAUGUGCAGCUCAGAAUCAACAAUGAUGUUUGUAACAAAGAGUCACAUCGAGGUCAUGCAAGAGGUCCAGAAGCAGUCGAACAGGCGUCCAUUUCAGGCAUUUGUUUUAACAAAGAGUGCCAAACACGGAAAGAUAUGAAACAAAAGAAAUCUUGCAGCAAAGCAGUGAAAGACACUAAAAAGAGAAAACGCUGUACCAGAUGUACAUCUGGUAAAUCAAAGAAACGUCUCAAGGGAGACAUUCAGACGGAAGAUAUUUCUGUACAGGAAGCAGUGCCACCUGCACCAAGUCAGAAAAUCGAAAGCAGAAAAUCCACACCGGAAGUCCCUGCUAAGCCACAAGUGGACAGUGGUGAAAACGCUUCCCAAGCUUCUCCAGACGGGCAUCUGGAAAUUAAAACCAGAAUUGGCCUUAUACGACAGCGCAUACUGGAGGAGCAGGCACGAGUGCGGGGACUCGGAGACCAGCUUGCCAGAAACAAGGACACGGAGCGUGCCUCGCUGAGUUGCCGCCGGAUUCGCAUCCACAAGGAGCUGAAAAAGCUCCGGGAGAAGGUCCAGCUGGAGGAUAAGAGGCGGCUGCAAGCCAAAGACCACCGGAUACAGAGACAACUAGAAGCCGGCAAGAGGAAGGUGGACAGCGAGCGCUGGUCGAUGAGGACCAGACUGGCCAAGGAGUGGAGGGACCGAUUCCAGCGGCGAAAGAGCGAGGUGCGACGAGCAAAACAAUCCCUAAAGGCACAAAUCGGGGCCCAUCAAGUGGACAAAAGAGAACUUCUGAAGCAGCUGCAGAAAGAUUGGACUGCACAGCUGAGCCGAGUGCAGGCAAUGAGAGAGAGACUGGAGAUGGAGAUGGUACGAGGAGGCCAGCAAUGGGAUGGUGAGAUGUGGAGAACCGGCACCAUGGGGAAACACAAGUACAGUCUACGACGGGCACCAAGAGAGAAGACACAUGUCUAUUGCAGAGCUUGGAAGAUGGCCAAUAAGAAAGUGUCAUCGGAGCCAAAGAAGCAAGAUGAGAAGCCGCCCAGCGGAGGGACCGUUUACAAGGAAACCAAGCAGAAGACACUGAUGGAACUGUAUCAAAUUCUGGAUAGCGAGCUUCGAUGCAGCAUCUGCUCUGAACUCUUCAUAUCUGCUGUGGUCCUAAACUGCUCGCACACCUUCUGCAGUUUCUGCAUUAAGCAGUGGAAGAGGCGGACGGAUCGCUGUCCCAUAUGUCGGGCUAGCAUCACGUCCAGAAACCCCAUCUCCAAGCUGGACCCCUUCCUCACCAAGCUCUGCCGUAGAGUCGGCCGGGAGGUUGAGAAGAAGCGAGCCGAGACCAUCAAAGACAGACAAGGCCAGGAGAAGGAGCUGAAAGAGGGAGGCCGUACAUGGGGCAACUUUGCCAGCCACUCCCUAGAGGACUGGGACAUGGAUGAUGAUGACGAUUUCAACGGUUCACUGGACAGCGACGACGACAGUGACGUUGACGAGUUUCUGGAGAUCCUCCAGGACCGUGUCGGGGGCUCCGCCUUCCGUCGAUUCUUCGGCUUUGGCCUCGUUGACGAUUUGGAGGGCAUGGACGACUCGGACGACGAUCUGUUCUCCUCCAGCGACGAGGACCUGGACUCUGAUGAUUUUGAGGAUUUGGACAGUGCAUUCUUGGGUGAAGAUGAUGACGACGAAGAUGAUAUGCUUUUGUAAAACUCAACAAAUUAUCUGUGGCCCUCCUUGAGACACUACAGCUUUCUAUGUUAAGUAGGCCACAUGCAGUGACUACUUUUGUGGUGGGAAGACGUAAAUAUACUUGUCCUUUCGCAUCGCAUGAAUAAGUCUCUCUUAAAUGACGUCACUUCCUACAGAUUGCCAUGUGCAUCGGCAUUUUGGGCGUCAAAGUUUCGUGACGCGCAUAGGCUGCGCCGUAUUUCAAAGAAAUUUCAAGCAGCAUGUGCGCGUUUAGAAC